CAUUAUGGGUUUCUUGAGACAAAUAUCGAGUAGUGUGCUGAUUGUGGUCAUUUUGACUGUUAGUAGCGCAAUUCCUGCCUCAGUACUCAGUCAAUUGGAGGUCAAUGACUUUCCGGCGAAAACCAUCAUCCGGAGAAGAGUCUUCGACGGCCUCGGCGGCGCUCCGACUGAUAAGCCAACGAUAAAGUGCUACUGUAAUCACUGCUCGCGCAGCACGUGCGAAUUGGGCCCCAUGUGCUUCACUUCCGUGGAGCUGAGGAACGGUCGCGAGAUUCUCACGUACGGCUGCCUGGAGGAGCCGAACCACCUGGACCGACAACUGCCAAUCCAGUGCCUCUCGUCCAAGGCGAAGCAGAGGGAGUACAGCGUGAAGUGCUGCGACACGGACCUGUGCAACAACGAAACCAUGGCGGAGACCGUGAGGGAGAGAGUCGCCGAGGACACGUUGGAGAUCAACUGGCACAUUGCCGUCUACAUCGUGGCCGCUGUCUUCCUCCUCUGCUGCAUCGGCUCCCUCCUGUAUGUCCUGUUGCGGCGCCGGAAGCGCUACAGCAGCAUGCGCUCCUUCGCCAUUGACGACUCCGAGCGCGACCGCAUCCUGCACGGGCACACGCUUCAGGACAUAAUCGAGCUGACGACGUCCGGCUCGGGCUCGGCCGGACUGCCGCUGCUUGUGCAGCGCUCCAUUGCGCGCCAGAUUCAGUUGGUGGAGAUCAUCGGCAAGGGGCGCUUUGGCGAGGUGUACCAGGGCCGCUGGCGCGGUGAGAACGUGGCCGUGAAGAUAUUCUCGUCGCGUGAGGAGUGCUCGUGGUUCCGCGAGGCGGAGAUCUACCAGACGGUGAUGCUGCGCCACGAGAACAUCCUAGGCUUCAUCGCGGCGGACAACAAGGACAACGGCACGUGGACGCAGCUGUGGCUGGUCACAGAUUACCACGAGAAUGGCUCGCUAUUUGACUUCCUCACGCUGCACUGCGUGGACACGCACACGAUGCUCACGAUGGCGCUGUCCAUCGCCACGGGCCUGGCACACCUGCACAUGGACAUCGUGGGAACACGCGGGAAGCCCGCGAUUGCGCACCGCGACCUCAAGACCAAGAAUGUGUUGGUGAAGGCCAACCUGAGCUGCGCCAUCGGCGACCUGGGCCUGGCCGUGCGCCAUGACGUGAAGAACGACACCGUGGACAUUCCGGCUACGCAUCGCGUGGGCACGAAGCGCUACAUGGCGCCCGAGGUGCUCGAGGACACCAUCAAUCCCACGCAGUUUGACGCCUUCAAGCGCGCCGACGUGUACGCCUUCGGCCUGAUCCUGUGGGAAAUCGCGCGGCGCUGCAGCGUGGCCGGCGUGCACGACGAGUACCAGCUGCCCUACUACGACCUGGUGCAGCCCGAUCCCGCCAUCGAGGAGAUGCGGAAGGUCGUGUGCACGGACCGCCAGCGCCCGCGCGUGCCGUCGCGCUGGCACAACGACGGCGUGCAGCACAGCAUCGCCAAGGUGAUGAAGGAGUGCUGGUACCAGAACCCCGCCGCGCGUCUCACCGCGCUGCGCAUCAAGAAGACGCUGGCCGGCGUCAACCCGACAGACUAGGCGGAUUUGAUGAUCCUAUUCGAACCUCCUUCAUUAUCACGCUAUCAGACAUAGAACUUUACUCUCGAAUUCACGAAUCCCAACUUCCCUAGCAUUGUUUUCAGUUUGAAAUGGAUUUAAAUUGAAAGGAAAAAUCUUAAUGAGUGGUGAAAAGUAGAAAUUGAUCAACUAGAAUAUUUGAAACAACACAAAAUAGUUGUUUAAUUUAACUGGAAGAGCAAAAUUCUGGAAUAUUGAUGCUUCAUAAAUUCGUAAAUUUGUCCAGUAGGAUCAAGUUUUCUACCGCAGUUUCCUACUAUUUUCGUACAUUUCCAGUGUCAGAAGAAAGCGUGAACAGCAGAAGAAUGUCCUCUUAUUUAUCGUGAAUUCAUUUUGCUGAGAGAAUGAUUUCAUGUCUGAUAAGUACUUUAUAUCAUAAGCGUUGAAUUUGGUGGAUUUUGGCUGAUUUCUGUACUGCAUUGGAAGCUAUAUUCACAAUUGUUCUUCUAUCCAGUGCAGAAAUGAGCGUUUUGGAAUGUAAAUGAAUAGUGGUAAAUAUGACACACAGAGUUUGUAAUUAGAGUUGCAAGAACUUAUAAGAAAGUAUUUUGACUUGUACAUUUGAUAUUGUAACCAAUCAGACCAUAGAAAAUGGUCUCUAAAAUGCAAAAUUUUGACUUCCUCAGGAGUGCUUUUUCGUAUUGCAAGAUCUACUGCACUUUUAUACACUACAUUAUGUAUAAACUUGUUUUUGUUUGUACAAAAUAAGUAACUUUUGUUAGUGACUAUGACUAUUUAUCAUUUUG